UGGCGUUAUAUCCAAAUGUUUUUGGCAUUUUUCUCAGUCAGCAAAUGGCGUCUAGGCGGAGGUGUACUAAAAUUUCACUCUUAAAUGAUGAAUGAAUUGUUUUACGUGUAUUUUCGGUUGGUUUUAUGAUGUUCAAAUAAGAAAUUACGGUAUGUUUAAAAUUACUUGUAAAAUAAUGCAGUGUAAAAAUGUGUAAUUAAUGCAUAAUUCGAGAAAAAUCAUUAAACAAUAAUAGUCAAAAACCGAACAUAAACAAUGAACGAAGAAGUGGACGUUAAGGAAGAGAGGCCUAUGUGGCCUCCUGGUGACGGGGCUAAUGUGAGCCCUAUUCCUCCUCAGCACAUUUCCAUGCCUAUGCCCACCACUCCUCAAGGAGCCCCCAUGAACCAAGGGGUUGAAUGCGAACUGCCUUUUGAACUUCAACAACAAGGAUGGAAAAGAUUUUGGUCCAAACGUGAGAAUAGGCCUUAUUUUUGGAAUAAAUUAACGGGCGAAAGCCUCUGGGAAAUGCCUGUUCUUAAACCACAGUUUGAUCCCAUCACCGAUCCUCUAGGUAUUUGUGCGCCUCCACCACCCAUGCACCUGCCUCCCAACGGUCCCCUGCCGGUGGCCAAACGGCGAGCGUCUGAAGAUAUGGCUGGUCCACAAGCAAAAAAGUUUGUUCUGGCAGGUCCCUGGGACCUGGACGUUCCCACCAACGUCAUCAUUUUGGAGAGAAGCCCGUGUCAUUACAUGCAUUCGCAUCCAGAUGUCGAAGCGUACCGUUGCUGCCUGCUGGCCAAAUUAAGGCAGUGUUAUCAGGAAUUGUGCCAUUCAAGGGAAAGUAUUGAUGCACCAAAGGAUUCUUUUAAUAGGUGGAUGAUGGAGAGAAGGGUUAUUGAUACAGGAUAUGAUCCUUUACUACCAAGCAAUUGCUAUCCAGAAAUUUCACUUGCAAUGUAUAAAGAAAUUAUGAACGACAUACCAAUUAAGUUAGUAAGGCCAAAAUUUACCGGAGAUGCACGAAAGCAACUCAGCAGGUAUGCAGAAGCUGCAAAGAAAAUCAUGGAAUCCCGUAACGCAGAGGCGGAAAGCCGAAAAGUCGUGAAAUGGAAUGUGGAUGAAACGUUUCAGUGGCUGAGAAAAACUGUCGGCGCAACAUAUGACGAUUUUCAGGACAGAUUGGCGCAUUUAAAGCAACAGUGCCAGCCGCACCUUACCGACACAGUAAAAAUCUCAGUUGAAGGCAUCUGCCUAAAAAUCUACAACCUUUCGUGCGAAUAUGCGAAAAAGGUGCGUGAAAAGUCCAACGGCAUUCUUAAGGAGCACAACAUGGAACUACCUCAUUCCGUUUCCAUAAACACCACCCGUAAAGUGUGGUGCUAUCCUGUACAAUUCUCAAUUUGCUGUCCCAGACUGCCAGUGGUCGAAUACCUUCCUGACAGGGACCAAUCUCUAUUGAGGUAUCAAGGCGACACAUUGGUCAUUAAUAAUUCUCAUCUGCAAAAGUUGGAGCAUUUGUACAGGCACAGUUGUUUCGACGACAAAAAGUUCGAGCUGUUCGUAGCUCGCGUGUGGGUGGUGCUGAAGCGGUACGCGACCUACGUGGGCGUGAAUCCCUCGUCGGCGGCGGCCAACACGGACGCGGCCGACACGCAAGCCUCGCUGCCCGUCACCGUGUUCGAGUGUCUGAACCGCACGUUCGGCGUGACGUUCGAGUGCUUCGCCUCGCCGCUCAACUGCUACUUCAAGCAGUACUGCUCGCCGUUCGCCGAUUGCGAUUCCUACUUUGGAAGCAGGGGGCCGUUCUUGCAAUUGAAGGCGGUUUCGGGAUCUUUUGAGGCCAAUCCUCCUUUUAGCGAAGAGUUAAUGGAGGCAUCAGUAAACCACAUGGAACGGUUGCUAAGCGACAGCCCGGAACCUUUGAGUUUUAUAGUUCUUUUUCCGGAUUAUAGGGAACCGACGCCGACUGCUCUGACAAGAUUAGAAUCGAGUCAGUUUAAAAGGAAACAGGUUACGGUGCCAGCGUACGAACACGAAUUCCGGCACGGGUUCCAACACGUCCUAAACAAGUCCGAGCUGAAUGUGCGGUCCGCCCACGGUACCGUGAUAGUCUGGUUACAGAACGUCACGGGUCAUCAAAGGUGGGAGCCUUCAGAGGAAAGGGUGCAAGCCCUUUUGGAGGCGUUUAGGCCUGGUAGAGAGCGAGAGAGGGACCGGCAAGAGUUGCUGAGCCCCACAAGGCAGGGUAGCACUUCAGACGCUAAGGAUGUUCUUGUUCAUUAAUUGUGAUUUUAUUGAUUUUUAGUUGUAGUGAUUUCAUGCACAUUUAUCAAAACUUGAAGCUGUACAAGGUGUAAUUAAAACAAUUUCUCUGCAUGUUCUAUAAAACAAGUUUUAUACACAUAUCUCAAUAAUAUACAGCACGCUACUUAACUAACUAUCCAUAUUUAAAACACCUUUUACAGACCUGGUUUUAACACAUUUUCAUGGGGACAAUUCUGAAGAAAUUAUUAAACAUUAUGAAAAGAAAGGACUUGCCUUAAUUUUGUAUUAUGUGUACAAAUAUUUGGCAGCGAAAUUUAAUUUAUUUGUGUCUACAAUUAAGGAGUUAAAAUUGUGAUAUUUCUUAUAAAUAAGAACAUUUUAUUUUUACUUAUAUUAAGUAUUAGGUAAUUUAAAAUAUGUAUAAAGUAUGGCUAAAUAAUUGUGUAUAAAUAUGUGAAAAGGGUCAACACCAAAUUAAAUAAUUAUUGCUUUUUCCUUACUGUGCAAUUUUACCAAUAAUUACGCAUUGCAUGCAAUUUUGCGUUUACAAUUAGAAUAGUUUGCAUUUUUUUCUUUGAUUAAAGCAAGUUUUUUAUAAGGCAUAUUAAUUUAAAAUUUAC